AUGAGAGAGCAUGUAGGGUCAGCGGUCCCGCACUUGGCAACCGGCGUCACCUCUUACCAAGAUAGGCCUCCCCCGAAUCACAACUCAUUAUCCCAUCCGCAUCGCGUGCAACUCUACGACUCGCCGCCCUGGAAGAAUAUCGAACCACAGGCUAUCUUCGCGUGGAACUCACCGCACCCCUUAGCGCCCCAAACAGGUACCGAGCCGAGAAUGAAAGUUAGGCUCUGCGUCAAAACCACAGACCUCAAAAGACUCAUGCGCGAAGGGUUCUUCUGGACCACUGAGAACUUCAACUUCAAAGCCACUUACACCCAUACCCUGGAUCACCGCAAGGAGCCCAAAGAGUUGGCGCAGGUGGGAUGGACAUGCGCUCGCAACUUCUUCUUGUCGGACCUGGGAGACGACCCUUUUUGGACGGCAAAGAUGUCUGUCUAUGCUCGCGACCGUGUUACUUUGGACAGCUUUGCCGUCACUGGCCUUAGCAGGAAGAACAUGAGUUGGGCUCGCGCAUGGGCAAAGGAUGGAACGAGCGGGUAUGUAGAGGAUCUCUACAAGUGGGUAGGCGACAGUCCCGAGUCUUCCUAUAACAAAAUAUACGGCAACUUGCCGCUGGAUGGCUGGUGGCCAUGGCCAAAAGCCGAUGAUGAUGAGAUGCUGCAUCUUGAAGCAAUGUCAUACGAGUUGGGACCAUCGCCAUGA